AUGAAUUACACCGACUGGACCUCCCUCCCCGUAGGGAACAUGACAACCCAAAUACUCCCCUACGCCGUCGGGCUCCUCCUCGCCUGGCCCGUAGCAACAACAACCCUCCGAUUCCAACGUCUCCGCAAUCUCCACAAACAAUAUGACUAUCCAACGCGCGAGUCGAUGUCAAAAAUGACCGACGAAGACGCCUACCAAAUCCAAAAACAAGUCGCGCAAUUAGAAUUCCCACUCAUCUUCAUUAAGAGUUUACAAUUUGCCUUAUUCCGAACAUACGGCAUCCCCUCAAUAUCCACCCUCCUCGCAAAAACAACCCAAUUCUCCAGCCCGGAAACCUCCCUAAAACGAUACACAGAUACAAGCGUCCUCGUGCAGGAAAUGAUCGGCAACCACCCAGCUUCGGAACGCGCCUAUCUCGGUCUUGCCCGUACGCGCUAUCUACACAGCGGAUACAGGGCCUCCGGCAAGAUCCUCGAUGAUGAUAUGCUCUUUACGCUGGCGUUGUUUGCGAUCCAGCCUAUUCGCUUUAUUAAUCAAUAUGAGUGGCGUCAGUUGAGUGAGAUGGAGCGCUGUGCUAUCGGGACUUUCUGGAAGAGUGCCGGUGAUGCGCUUGAUAUUAGCUAUGACAAGUUACCGUCUGGGAAAACGGGAUUCCGGGAUGGGAUUCAUUGGCUUGAGGAACUUGAUGCUUGGAGUGAGGAGUAUGAGAAGCAAUUUAUGGUGCCUCAUGUGAAGAAUCGGGAGUUGGCGGAUCAGACUACGGCCGUGUUGCUUUUUAUGCUGCCGAGCAUGUUGCAUCCGUUUGGGUUGCAGGCUGUUUCGUUUAUGAUGGAUGAGAGGCUUAGGAAGGCGAUGUACUAUGAGCCGCCUUCGGCAUUCUGCUCGGCACUUCUUUCGACUGUGCUCACGGCGCGCAAGCUAUUCCUUCGUUACUUGGCUCUGCCACGACCGUACUUUAUGCGCUACGCUUCGUUUACUGAUGAGCCUGAUGAAAACAAUCGCUUCUUCCUCAGAGUGUGGGAUGCGGCACCGUACUAUGUCAAGCCUACGUUUUGGAAUCGGUGGGGCCCGACAGCAUGGCUGACUUGGGCGCUAGGACGGCCUCUGCCUGGUGACGAAGGGGAUAAGUAUUAUCCCACUGGAUAUCGUGUUCCGGAUGUUGGCCCGAAGCAUUUUGAGGGCAAAGGGAGGAAGCAGUUGGAUGAGACUUUGUUAGAGUUGAAGGGGUACCGAACUGGGAAAUGUCCUUUUCAUUGA